GGCUCUUACAGAAUGACCUUGCAGUGAGCGUUUGUGGAAGAAGCAAGAUUUAAACAUCAGUUCUUCAAUGUGCAUCCUUCUAUUCAAAUUUGACCCCCGACCAGUUUCAAAAAAUGCAUACAGGCUUAUUCUAGCAGCUAAUAGAGAUGAAUUUUACCACAGACCAUCCAAAUCGGCAGAUUUUUGGGACAGCAGCAAUGAGAUCCUUAGUGGUCUGGAUAUGGAGGAAGGAAAAGAAGGUGGGACGUGGCUGGGAAUCAGUAAGAAAGGCAAGAUGGCAGCCCUGACAAACUAUAUGCAGCCAAAGAUUGAUAAAAAUGCAAAAGGAAGAGGUGCUCUUGUAACAAACUUCUUGACUGCAGAUCUGGACAGCUACUCUUACUUGAAGAAAGUUUCAGUAGAAGGACAUCUUUACAAUGGAUUUAAUUUAUUAGCAGCUGACUUCAAUACCACCAAAGGAGAUGUAAUUUGCUACUAUGGAAACAAAGGAGAACCAGAACCUGUUUUCCUAAAUCCUGGAAUAUAUGGAUUGAGUAAUUCUUUGUUGGAUACACCGUGGAAGAAACUUCAGUAUGGGAAGCAGCUUUUCACAGAAGUGGUCAAGAGAAGUCAAGACCUUACCAAAGAAGACUUGGUGCAGGAGCUUCUUAGAGUGAUGAAUAAUCAAGAGCCUCAAUUACCAGACCCUGCGAUUGAAGACCAAGGGAAGGAUUAUAUACGCCCUAUGUUGAACAAGUAUGCAGCUGUAUGUGUUCGUUGCCCAGGUUAUGGAACCAGGACUAACACAGUCAUCCUCAUUGAUUCAGAAGGACGGGUUACUUUCACAGAGCGCAACAUGAUCAAUGCAGAUGUCAACCAGUGGAAAACAAGCACCUAUGAAUUCAAACUGCACACUUAACAACUUUCCAUUUGAAUGGUUUGUAAUAAAAGCAAUGAGAGAACAAGCCAUUAAGCUCUAGUAAAUGUUUUGUGCCAGCCUCCACAAGCUAAAAAUAGCAAGGAAAGCAAAAGU